AUGGCUGCAGCCAUCGCCAGCUCCCUGAUCCGCCAGAAGAGACAAGCCAGGGAGCGGGAGAAGUCCAAUGCCUGUAAGUGUGUCAACAGCCCCAGCAAGAGCAAGGGAAGCUGCGACAAGAACAAGUUGAAUGUGUUUUCCAGGGUCAAACUCUUUGGCUCCAAGAAAAGGCGAAGGCGGCGACCAGAGCCUCAGCUUAAAGGUAUAGUAACAAAGCUAUACAGCAGGCAAGGAUACCACUUGCAGUUGCAAGCAGAUGGAACAAUUGAUGGAACAAAAGAGGAGGACAGUAGUUAUACUUUGUUCAACCUCAUACCUGUGGGUUUACGAGUGGUGGCGAUUCAGGGGGUUCAAACAAAAUUGUAUCUGGCAAUGAACAGUGAAGGAUACCUAUAUACAUCAGAACAUUUUACACCUGAAUGCAAGUUCAAAGAAUCAGUAUUUGAAAACUACUAUGUGACGUAUUCUUCAAUGAUCUACAGACAGCAACAGUCUGGCCGGGGUUGGUAUUUGGGUCUUAACAAAGAAGGAGAGAUAAUGAAAGGAAACCACGUCAAGAAAAAUAAACCUGCAGCACACUUUCUUCCAAAACCAUUAAAAGUGGCCAUGUACAAAGAGCCUUCUCUCCACGAUCUCACAGAGUUCUCAAGAUCUGGAAGUGGGACCCCAACAAAGAGCAGAAGUGUUUCAGGAGUGCUAAAUGGGGGUAAAUCCAUGAGCCAAAAUGAGUCAACGUAG